AGAACGAGCGAGAACAGAGCCCGGAACACAUAAACUGGCUGCAGAAAGAUAAAAGAAGACGUAUCACGAUCACGACACAAGUGACAUUUGAGACUGUGCAUAGACAUGCGACGAUGAUAUGUUGUUAUUACCUGAUCAAACCUAUGAACAAUAUCAAGGUGAGAAAACCUUGACCACAUCACCGUUGAUUGCACUCAAACGGAUUCUAGGCGAUGCGAAUUUUUGCCCGAAAAUUCCACACUUUGACGUUGGCUUGCCAAACGGUGUGCCAAAAGGUAAAACGUCAACGACACGAAAUGGGCAAAACGGCAAUUUCAAUGGAUUUUUCGGCAUCCAUUUGGGCAAUUCAUCCGGUUCAUCGAACAAAACGGGUGAACAACGCACCAAAAAUGUUCAACAACCACAACGCACCGAUACACCGGAAAGUUUUAAGGCGACCUGUGAUUUUUUCAACAACAUUCCCGAGUUCCAUGGCGAACCACUCGGACCAUUCAGCAUACCAAAAGCACAUAAAAUGUCGGACGCCGAUGCUGACCUACUGAAGGAAUGCGAAUUACUAUUGAAUAAAUAUCGAAUACGACCCGACUUCUUUUGCCGCUAUCGCAAAGCAAUGGAUGAAUCAGCCAAAAUGGAUAGCAAACCAACGUCGUGGCCUCGAUCUCAGAUCGAAAGUCAUAUAACCAAAACAUCACGCGAGAAGCGAAAACUGCAGAGUUCAUCGCCAUCGUCACGAAAUCAUCCCGCCUCCGUGCGACACAUGAAACGCUUUCAAAAAUCUACCGCCAUCUACACGUUGCCGAUACGGGGGAAACAACAGCAACACACUGGCACACAUUGCAAAACAGAAUAUGCAUCAUGA